AUGGCAGCUGCAGGAUUGACAAUACCUGUCAUUUCUGAUCAGCACAAAGGGAUUGUCAAGUAUAUAAGAGAUACACACCCUGUGAUCAAGCAUUUUUUUGACCAAUGGCAUGUUGCCAAAGGUCUUGUUAAAUCAAAGAUUGGAGGAAAGAGCCUGAUUCUUGCAAAGUGGAAGUCCUUAAUUCAGCACAUAGCAAACAAGCAUGAGGACCACCCCGACCGUCUUUUUCCAAAAUGUGCUCAUGGUGAGACUGAAAAGAGAAAAUGGAUCAAAGUUGGUACAAAAGCAUAUGACAAACUGCAGGGCAUUCUUAUGAAGAAAAUCGUGUUAAAUGACAUAGAGCAAUUGUACCCAAAUGCACAGACCAGUGCUCUUGAAGGGUUCCGUUCUACCUUAAUCCAAUGGCACCCAAGAAUGCUUUGUUUUUCAUGGUUUGGAACAUAUUGUAGACAUAUUCUGGCAAGCUUAAAUUUGAAUGAGAAUAUUAAUCGGAAAAGUCAAACAUCAAAGAGCGAGCAACAUGUAAAAGGAAACUUGAAGAGGUUGAUGCUGCAAGGCUAG